AUGUCCGCCGAAACCGACCCCUUCCUCGCCCUCGACGUCUCGAGCGACGACUACGCAACCACCGCCGCACACGACCAACAAGCCGGCGCUGACGCAACCCUCGCAGCCGUCGAAGCAGAAGACGACAGCGAUGCCGAGAGAGAAAAAGCCGGAGCUGCGCGCGCCGCCCGAACAAGAUAUACCGAAGACGAUUUCCUGGCACAAAAAGCAAGUUAUACGGCUAGGAUUGAUGAGGGCAGUGUAAGUGUUUUUUGCAGUCAUGGAAAGAGCAUGGGACGUUUGGCUGAUGGUGUGGGUGAUAGAUCNUGGAAACAGUUGCUGGAGUUUGAACCGCCCUUUCGACCUUCUGGGGCUNNUUUUUUUUCUGCUGCGGGUGCUGGAUCUGUUGAUACGACUACUUCUGCCUCUUCAUCCGGAGUAGACUCUGGAGCGGGAAAGACUAAACUGGACAAGAAGCAUCAUCAAACCAUUCAGGCCGCUGUCUCUGAACUCUACUUCUUGGAGAAGUACCCUGCGGUGCAAGAGAUCAUUACCUGGGCCAAGGACAACUUUGAGAAAGACAAGAAGUGGGAUGCGCAGGUCAAGAAGUGGGAGGCCAAGAUCGAGGCCAAGAUGCAAGCUGCUUGA